UACAGCCACCACCGUUACAGCCGCCGCCAUCGUCACCACCGGCACACUACCACCGUUGGCCACCACGUACACGGUCGUAGACUCAUCGCCGCAGCAGUCGCAUUCGUUUACCGUGUGCUCACACUCAACCACUACACCGGUCACCGACACCCACGGCACCACGUGCGUAGCCGGUCGAUACGGUAUCGUCGCAUCAACGCAUAAUAUUCCUUUAUUAUUGUUAUUGUCAUCGAUCCCGUUCAUAUUGUGUCGAGAGUGACAAAAAUGUAUAAGUAACAUUAAUUGCACAUCAACGACAUAUAAAUCAUCGAGAAUGAGUCCAAACGCCACAGAUUCGAGCACCAUACUCAGGGAGGAGAGAAAAAUGCCCAACGGUUGUGCAAACGGAUGGUCGAGCAUGUCGGAUUCGGCUGAAAAACAGUGUUGGAAAGGUCAAGCAUUUCUCAAAAUCAACGAAAUCGUCGGCCUGGUCAAGUAUUACUGUUUGCGAGCAUACAUUGUAUUUUGGCACGAACUGUCUAUGAACCCGAGGGUGAGGAGCAGUCCUUUCAGUCCACCACCAGCCGACGAAUUGGUUUUGUCAGCUGACGAUAUAUUCUCUACGAGGCGUCGACGUUUGUUUUUCACAAGCAUCCACUUGCUGGCUCUGGCCGGCCUCUACUUCUGCGUCACGGGCCAGGUUAAGCUAUACACCGUACUAUUCGCGCUCGCGGUCGGCACCAUGUCGUCGAUCGGCGUGACGGCGGGCGCGCACCGGCUGUGGUCGCACCACGCGUACAAGGCCAAGCUGCCGCUGCGCAUCAUCCUGGCCCUGUUCCAGACGGUGGGCGUGCAGUACAGCAUUUACAACUGGGUGCGCGACCACCGGCUGCACCACAAGUACACGGACACGGACGCGGACCCGCACAACUCGAACCGCGGGUUCUUCUACUCGCACGUGGGCUGGGCGCUCAUGAUGCCGCACCCGGCGUUCGAGUCCAAGGUGUCGUCGGUGGACAUGACCGACAUGGAGUCGGACUGGGUGGUCAUGUGGCAGUACUGGCUGUACGCGCCGCUGGCCGCCGUCCUGUCUUACGUCCUGCCCACCCUCGUGCCGUGGUGGCUGUGGGGCGAGGACCUGCUGGUCGCGCACCUGGUGGCCGCCCAGCUCCGGCAAGUGCUCACGCUGCACUCCACGUUCCUCAUCAACAGCGCCGCGCACAUGUGGGGACUCAAGCCGUACGACAAGAACAUCAAUCCCACCGAGAACAUGUUCGUGUCGGUGGCCACGUGCGGGGACGGCUGGCAUAACUAUCACCACACGUUCCCUUGGGACUACAAGAACGCCGAGCUGCUCGACUACAAGCUGAACCUGUCCACGUUGUUCAUCGACGCGUUCUCCCUGAUCGGAUGGGCGUACGACCUGAAGACCGUGCCCACCGAACUGGUGUCCAAGCGGGCCCUGCGCACCGGCGACGGUACGCGCAAACUGCCGGCCAAGGACGGCGCACGGACGACAGCUGAGGCGGAGGCGGCAGCGGCGGCGACGUGUACGAACGUGUACGGCUGGUCCGACAACGAUCUGCCCGAAGAGGACCGCCAAAUGGCUCAAAUAUACAAGAAAAGCGAUUAGUGCGAUGCGUCGUCGAGUUCCGCUGUCGAGAGCGGUGAGAUUGGGGGGGUGGGGGUGGGAGGGAGUUUGGAGUUUUACCAAUAUUUUCAUUAUUCUCAGGUUUUUUUUUUCUUUUCCAUUCGUUUUAUCCAAUACCUUUAUUAUGUUAUAUCGGGGGAUGAGUGUUUUUUUUCUCUUUCUUUUAACCAUUUUCUCUAGAGAUAAAUACGAUUAGGUAUUAUAAUAAUAUAACGGUUGUAAUAUUUACGACGAUAAGCGCAUCCGCGACAGUCCCGGGAACUGUGUAACGAACGCCAGCAAUAAUCGAGAAUCGUUUUCAUCAUUAUCGUCUUAGUCUCGUCGCGCAUAAUAAUAAUAUUUAUUAUAAAUGUUCGGCGGCCGAGGUUGUUUGGAAACAAUAAGUGUCCGGGACGGUCACGUGCGCUUAGCUAUCAAAAAGACUGCAGGACAUGUAUAGGAUGACUCGUCAAAAAUUCGAGUGAUUAAACGUUUGAUGUAAUAAUAUAUUAUAUAUUUUUAUGAUGACUUCGAAUAUAAUAUUAUCCACACACAAACACACAUUAUUUAUGUAUAUUUAUACCGUGUAGUAAUAAUAUAACAAUAUACCUAUGCGUAACACAUCUAUAUUAUUAUAGUGAUAGAACUGUUAGAAGUUAGAAUUUCUAAUAUAUAAUAUAUAUAUAUAUAUAUAUAUAUAUUAGACAUAUAUAUUAGACGACAGCGUGGUUUAUAUACUGAAAAAAACGGAGUGUGAUUGAUUGACCGAUCGAUUUGCUAUUUUAACGGGCACUUCUUUUUUUUUCACGCACACACAUACACACGUAAGUACAUGUCUUGUACACAUCGUUAAUCUCUCUGGACUUGAUCUUUGAAUUUAGAAAAACCGCAAUGUUUUUCUCUCGUACAAUUUUUUUUUUCAGUGGCUAUAUAGACGCAUCACGUGUAUUAUAGUAUUAGAUAUAUGUAUAUUUAUAUAAUAUAUAUAUAUCAGGAUGAUCUUAUUAUCUUAAAUAUCACAAUAUUAUAAAUGGAUCGCACCGUAACGCGAUCGUCUGACGCUAACAACUGUGCGCGACAGGCCCGCGUAUUGUGUAUUAAGCAUAUUAUUACAAUGAUACGCGGUCGCGUCGCAUAAUAUGAUAAUAUGUCUCGCAGCAGUCGACUCCGCAAUAAUAUUACUAUUCUAUUAUUUUUUUGUGUAGGAGACAUCAUUGGGAUACAUGCGACGACGGGCUUGACUUCUGCAGAGAUCCACGUUGUAUAUAAAUAAUAAUAUAGGUAUAUCCAAUCGGAAACGUCCUGCGCGGCGCCGGCCGUCGUAAUGUCAUCCAUCGAUUAAUCCAUCGUACGCCGUUAUUUCACUAUAGGCACCCGCUACUACACCGUAUUAUUAAUAUUAUAUGCGCAUUACGUACUUGGUAUUAUGUGCUAUCGUUUUUGGACUUAAAAAAAAAAAAAUAAAGCUCGAGAUGAAUUCAAGUCACUUUGUACGAGCGAUUCCCGAGCGGCCGACUAAAACGGACAUUUCUCUCGUUAACAUAAAUUAUUAUAAUGCAAAUAUAUAUUCGGCGGCCGCCGCGCUGGGGACGUAAUAAAAAAAAAAAGACAUAACAACGCCCGCGACACACAUUCGACGUAGUAUAAUACUCCACCAUUUAGCCAAUUUUAGUGUUUAAGAAAUUUAAUGUUAGUUUUAAAUAUUAUUUCUCUACGUUUGUUUUCUGUCAACCGUCGUGAAAUUCUUUCGCUCGAUAAUUUCUAGAAUUUAAUAGAAAUAAAUAUAAAACAUGUAGAUGUCGGUUAAUAUUAAUAUUAUUAUUAUUAUUAUUAUGUCUGUCAAAAACUUUUACUGGCUGUGCUCAAUAGUAAAUCUAUUUAUCGAAUAAACAUUAUUUGUAAUUUAUGAUUAGUAAUUUUAUUUUAUUUUUUAUUUACAUUAAUAGGUGACAUACUUUGUUUGUUAUCUUGAGUAGUGAAAUACUAUUUAUUUUUGUUACUGGGUAAAAAUAAUGCGUAAUUAUAUUUAUCCUGAAAAUAAUAUUAUAAUAUAUAAUUAUACAUUUUUCUGGCGUCCUUAAUAAAAUGCAACACCGUCAAUUUAAACAUAACUCGUUGCGCCUCCUAACUAAUUUUUAAUCUCGUUUUUUUGACAUUAAAUUGAUACUAUAUAUAAAAUAGAAGUACCUAUACAUUUUGAAAAUGUCAUCAAAAAUAAUUUAUCCAUUUUCUCACAGUUCAAUAAAAUUAUUUCUUCUAUCGAUAAGCCACUAGCGUAACACGCCUUUCACACAGUUUAUACAUAAACACGGGUCACAUAAAAAUAGACUAAUACCUAUACCUAUUAAUCGAAAUAUCGCAAUAAAAUUAUUUCUGAUCAAUUGUUUGCAUUAAAAUGAUUUUAUCAUUAACACUAACUUUUAAUAAUUUACAUUUUUAAAUUUCUACAAAAACAUUUAUUUUCAAUCUAUAUUAAAAAAAAAUUACUAAUAAUAAAAACUAUUUAUAAGAUGUCUUGAAUUGUUAGAUCACAUAUAAACAAUUAUUAAAUUGUAUUUUUUUAUGAACUAUCAAAAUAAUUAAUUAUAAUUGGAAUUUGUACCUUAUAACUUAAUAUAUUAUUACAUGUAAUGAAACCUAUAAAUUAUAAUUAUAGAUACUUGGAAUAAUUAAAAAUAUUCGAUACACGUGUUUAACUAGUACCUAUUUUAUGUUUAUUUACAAAUAUAAUAUACUUACUAUUAAACAAAUUGAGCUGUACAAUAAUUUGUUUUCAACUUAAUAUUACGACUAGUUUAAGUUAAUGUUAAAUGUAAUUGUUUAUUUUUAUUCACUCGAUCAAUAUUAUACUAUAUAGAAAAUAUCACUGUUGGUCUAAUCCAAACCGUUUACAUGGGUAGUAUUAAAUAUACAACGCUUUGCACUCAAAUUACUCAUAUUUUUCGAGUUCAACUUGAAAUAUAUGGUCGUCAAAACCGUCAUUGUUCGGGUUUUGUACGGAUAGACAAUACUCGGCAAGAAGGAAAACCAUAACGUUCGGGUGUAUACAAUACUAUGGUAAUAACAUUUUGUCUAUGAAAAAUAUCCCGAGUUUAUAUAUAUAAAUGUAUCUUGACAUCGUCAUUUUUUUACCUGUCAGUAAUUCGGAUGCAAUGCGUUGGUAAUAUUGUUUAGCAUUAAUUAUCAUGUUAUUUCUAGAUAUAAAUUAUCGAAUAUCUAGGGUAAAAGUUAUUACUGAUUAAAAUUAAAAUGUAUUCUAGAUUACGUUUAAGUUGAUAAAAUAAUAAUAAUAUAUAAAUAUAUAUAUAUAUGUCAUACAUACUCUUAAGACAUACUACUGUACGAUUUAAUAUUUAUAUAGUUUUGGCAACAGGACCAAGUGGAUUGUAGAUAAAUGUUUAUCAAAAAUCAAGAAAUAUAAUAUAUUAUAGAUUACAUAUUUUA